AUGCCUUCUUCCACUGACAAGAAACUCAUCCUUGUUAUCGGCGCCACCGGGGCACAGGGCCUCGCGGUCGUCGACAAAUUGCUCGCGCCUCAGGAAGAUGGCUCGCCGUCUCCGUACGCCAUUCGAGCACUUACUCGUGACCCCGAGAGUCGUCGGGCCAAGGAGCUCAUCACCAAGGGCGUCGAUGUGGCGGCCGCGCUCGAAGGCGUGUACGGCGCGUGGGUCAACACGGAUGGGUUCACCAUCGGAGAGCCGUGGGAGAUAUACAUCGGAAUGAGGAUAUUCGAGCUGGCGAAGCAAGCCGGAGUGAGGCAUUACGUUUGGAGCAAUCUCGACUACGCAUUCAAGUUGGGCAACUACAAUGAGACGUACAGGUGCCAACACUACGAUGCCAAGGGCCGUGUCGCCGAAUGGAUGCAGGCUCAACCAUCCGCCAUGAUGUUCGGCCCUUUGAAGAAACGCGAGAACGGUACGAUUGUCUUCGCGACGCCGGUUGGCAACGGACACGUCCCCAUGAUAGCGCUCUCCGAUCUGGGUUUCUUCGCGCGUUACACUUUUGACAACCGCGCUACGACCUCCGGAAAGGACCUGCCGAUCGCAACGGAGAUGGUCGACUGGGAGUAUCUGAAGACGACGUUCGAAAGGGUAACCGGUCAGAAAGUAGAAAUUGUCUACCAGACGAUCGACGACUGGAUGGAGAACAUGGACAAUGCCGACCAACCAGUCGCGCACGAGGGCACGGUAGGGUUGGACACGACCACAUGGAGGCUGAACUUCCGUGGCUGGUGGGCGCUCUGGCGAGAUGAUAUAGUGAAGAGGGAUAUGGAGUGGAUCAGGAAGGUCAACCCCAAGGGGCAUACACUCGAGAGCUGGAUGAAGGAGCAGAAUUAUGGCAACUACCUGUGGCAAAAGGCAGGCAUCUUGAAGGGCACUGAAGACGGCCACAGGAGUACUGCACCGGGCAAGAGGCGCUUACAGAAGCUCUGA